AUGGGCGGUGGCGGUGGUGGUGGCGGCGGCGGCGGCAGUACAAUUGGCGGUGGCAGCGUGCUGGGCGGACACGGUACUCUGAUGAGCACAGCGGGUAUGAGCAAUAGUACGGUUGGCGGCGGUGUUGGUGUUGGGGCUCCUCCUGGCAGUAUGUUGCACGGUGGCGGUGGCGGUGGCAUCGGCGUCGGUACGCCUGGUAAUAUGAGUAUGCCUGGCGUUUAUGGCAAUGGUAAUGGCGGUGGUGGUGGCGUUCCAAUGGGACCGGGUGGGGGCAAUGGCGGCGGGGGCAAUGGACCAAGUACGGCGCCCGGUUCGGUGAUCGAUUCACGCGCGGUGUCCGUGGUCGUUACGUUGCCCGGUGGGCCGGGCGCGCAACACCCCGGGCAGGCGCUGAGCGACUACGGUCCUAUAUAGUUAAUGGUACGACCAGAUACAGCGCACUGGGUGUCCACGAGCAGUUUUUCGCAGCUGUAAAUGAGCACAACCGCCACGACAUCUUGAAGAGAGAGAGAGAGAGAGUAUGUGGAAAUUAGAAACUAGAAAAGAGAGUGAGUAAAGAGCGCAAUUUGCUAUUGGUAGAGGUAGAAGUAGGUGUAAAACAUGCGCUCUUUUGUGAUCUUCAAUAUAAAAUCUAGCAGGUGUUGCGCUCAUUUCCAGCAUUGCAUUUUUUAAGUUUAUGCACUUUUGAGCUUUAAAGCUGUUGAAAACUUUAUGUAGGAAGUGAAAAGUUGUAAGAAAUAAGUCGCCAUAUUACUUUCUGCUAUUUUAUAACUGUAAAAAAUAUGUUUAAAUACUUGAAUGGUAAAUUUAAUGAAUAAAAAUAUAAAUUACAAAAAUAUAUAUUAUAAUAGCAUCAUAAACUAAAAGCAAGCUAAACUACGUAAUUCUAGUCCAUUUUCAAUGAAAGCAAAAAACAUAAAAAACAAAAAAAAAAAUACCUUAAUGGAAAUGAAUGAAAAAAAAGAAACAACAGCUAAGCACAAUUUGUAUAAAACAUCACUAAACGAAUUAACAGAAGUCAAUAGCUUAUAAAAAAAGUACAUACCCUUGCUCCAUUGUUUUUCAAAUAAAUAAUGUGAAAAGUUAUAAAGCGAAUUAAUGGUAAAAUAGUGAAAAGUGUGUUAAAAAUAGGAAAAAUGAACGAGAUACGAAAAGCACAUCAAAUGGGCGCGUCAAAAAACGUUCUAUGAAAAUAUUUUUUUUUUUUAAUAUAUAUGUAUUUAUGCAUAUUUAUUUCACAUUUUCCUAAUUCGUUUUUCAACUCUCUACUCAAAUAGACUGAUUUAAACUAAUAUAAAAAAAGCAUAUUUCACUAACAAAGCGAAAUGCAAUGUUUUGAAUGAAUCACGAAAAAAAAAAAAGAAAAACAAAAACAAGUAAAAAAUGUUAAUGAAAUGCGUAUGAAAAGCAUAAAAAAGGUAGACAGAGCAGGGAAAAAGUGUUUUUUUGUCGUUGCCCAGCGGGGUUGAGAAAAAUUACCACUGCCAAAAACGCCAACGCCAUAUUGCAUUACAAAAAUAACAAUAAUACAUACUACUUAUACGUAUACAGACGCAUGUAAAAUUGCUAAGAAAAAAAAUCGAAUAUCAGCAAGUGCACGAAGUCAAAUGAGAAAAUAGAAAUAUAAUUAAAAUAUUAUUGUAAAAUGUAGAGAGCGUUAAGAAGCAUUUGUAAAAUAUAUUCCAUGUUUAUUUGUAGCAUUUAAAAUAAAUGUAUGUAGUGUUUGUAAGUAUGAGUUUGAAGAAAAAAAGGUUAUAGGAGCUAUUGUUAGAAAUAUAUGUAUGAAAACAUUUAUCAAAAAAGAACUACUAUCAAUAAAAACAAAGAGCCAACGAACCAGAGCAAGCACGAAAUACCCCACUGUAAAUACUGAAUGUUAAAUUUAAUUUAAAGGCAUAAAAUAUAAUUUAAGUGUUUAUUAUUGCGUGGAAAUUAUUUUAUUUACUAUACGUAAAGCGAUUUACAAUUUACCAUACGUAAAAGUAGUUCAUUAAAAAAUUAUUUAAUAUUAAUGCAAGCAAAGGAGAAGUCUUGAAGCAGGCAUGGGCAAUUCAAAUGUAUUUAUUUAUUUUUGAUAUACAAGCAAGUGAUUGAAAAAUGUUUGGUUCCGAUAUUAAAAAACACAUCUUUAACUUUCUCAUGUUUAAUAUGCAAUAAAAUUGAUACAUUUCAUAUAAAUUAAAGGGCAAAUUUUUUGGGGAAAGGCUAAAUUUUUCGCGUUCAAAAGUGUUUCGCAAGUAAUAAUAAAUGCAUAUGAAUUUUGAAUUGCAGAG